ACAAGUGAACACAACUUCCCACCCAUCAUCAGUUUCUAAUUAACCUUGUACAUAGUUUGUGCUAAUGAUGGCGGUCUCCGAGAACUCUCGCCGCUCCUCUAUGAUUCCCUCCUUCCUAUACUCCUCCUCAUCAUCAACAACAGCUACAACAACAAAUGGAGUAGUGUCGACAAAGAAUAGCAUAAUGGUUGCAGCUCCGAGUGAGAAGAUAAAGAUGUACUCACCAGCAUUUUAUGCAGCUUGUACUGCUGGUGGCAUGCUCAGUUGUGGUCUAACUCAUACCGCUGUCACUCCUCUUGAUCUUGUCAAGUGUAAUAUGCAGAUUGAUCCAACAAAGUAUAAGAACAUAAGCUCUGGGUUUGGAAUUUCGGUGAGAGAGCAAGGGAUCAAAGGCUUGUUCAGGGGAUGGGCUCCAACCUUUCUUGGGUACAGUGCUCAAGGAGCUUUUAAAUAUGGGGGUUAUGAGUUCUUCAAGAAGUACUAUUCAGAUAUCGCGGGUCCUGAGAACGCUGUCAAACACAAAACCUUGAUAUACUUAGUUGGCUCAGCAUCUGCAGAGGUGAUUGCUGAUGUUGCCCUUUGCCCCUUUGAGGCUGUGAAAGUCCGUGUGCAGACUCAACCUGGUUUUGCUCGAGGCCUGUCUGAUGGUCUCCCUAAGUUUGUCAAGUCUGAAGGUGUUAUGGGAUUGUACAAAGGACUAGUUCCUCUCUGGGGCCGUCAGAUUCCAUAUACAAUGAUGAAAUUUGCAUCAUUUGAGACCAUCGUGGAGUUAAUCUACAAGCAUGCAAUUCCUACACCUAAAGAAGAGUGUAGCAAAAGACUACAACUUGGAGUUAGCUUUGCUGGUGGAUAUGUUACUGGUGUAUUUUGUACUGUUGUAUCACACCCUGCAGACAACUUGGUGUCCUUCCUCAACAAUGUUAAGGGUGCAUCUGUUCGCGAUGCUGUGAAGAAGUUAGGACUAUUGGGUUUAUUUACGCGUGGCCUUCCCCUUCGUAUAGUCAUGAUUGGAACCCUUACUAGUGCUCAAUGGUGUAUCUAUGAUGCUUUUAAAGUGUCUGUUGGCCUGCCGACUACUGGUGGACCUUCUCCUGCUAUUGAAGCCAAAGAAUGAAUGAACAACGCUGGAGCUAAAUAUCUUCUCAUGUUUUGUAAAUUAGAUUUUAGCCCGGUUUCUAUUAAAUUGUUACGUUAAAAUAAUUAUUAUAGUGUUUGAUUUUGGAUGAAAUUGUAUAUAAGAAAUAUUAAUAUUAAUUAAUAAAAAUAUCUACGUGGCACCUAAUUAUUUAUC